GUACCUAACGGUUUCCUGAGUUAUAUUCCAUUUGAACUUUGAAAACAAAAGUUUUGCUUUUUGUACAAUUAUUUUGUACAAAAUUUGAUUUGAAUAGUUACGUAUCAUGGAAGCAAACAAUUUCGUUGCAAGACUAAAAGCUAACGGGACCGAAAAUGAUUUGUGUGACUUGACGAAGGUGAUCGACGAACAUAAAGUUAUUUUAUCCAAAUUACCAUCGAAAGACAAAGGUUCUUUCUGUUUGAAUGUCUUAUGUAUACUGUGCAGGAACAUAGACAAAGUGCCAACAUGGAGUGACAACACGGACCCGAGGUUGCUUCUCAGCCUCAGCAUCGAUUGUGUGAGAGAGACGCAGGGGAUGACAAGGACAGAUCAAGUCAAAAUCUUAGCCUGCAUUUACCACAUACAUCGGUAUAUUGUGAAACUUAGAACCCCAAUACCCCCAAAGCUAGUGCUGCAGCUGUCCAGCAUGGCGCUCCAGUGUGAAGAGCUUCUAGCGGAGUACGCUAAGACUUACUGGAGCAUACUCGCCGACCGGAUCGGUUAUAUUGAGAUGUUGAAAGAUGGAAAUAUUUCAAUAAUAAAACUAUUGCCGAAACUAACUGAAGACGUGCUCAAAGUCAUACAAAUAUACGACUCCACACAGUUUUGUAUCAACAUACUGUCAUUUCUUUUGAAGAAACUACAUUUUUUAUACAGCGACCUGCAUUCAGUUGAGCUGAAUCAGGUUUAUGGACAAAUUUUCUACUGUUUAAAAACGAAAAAUGAUUUGAAGAACUUCAAGAAAUUAUCCGCCAAGGACGUACUAGAUUUAUACGUUAAAUUCAACGAUUGUUUUUACGUUAUCGUUAAGAAUUCAUCGAGGCAUUUCUUCAAAGAAUCAGUUUUGUCCAGCGCUGUCUCAACUUGUAUAAAUAUUUUAGCACACAAUUCAGAUAUGACCAAGUGUUUCCAAACAUUUUAUUUGAACGCUUUCUGCGUUAUAUUCAAGAACAUCGACUGUGAUAUAGACGCAGCAUUUUCAAAUCUUUCACAAUCAUUUGAGACGAUGAAUAUAAACACAAAAAUAAUUUACGCUAGUUAUCCAUUCGUGAAUCAAUUGCUGAGAUUGUAUAUUGACUAUAUAGUGGCGAAUGUGGAAGAUUGGACGUCGAUUUUCAAAGGUAAUAAUAUCAUGGAAAAUUGUUUGAAAAUCAUAUUUUUACUAAUGAAAAAAUCUAAACACUGCGAACAGUUGUUGAAAUGUGAAUUGUGCAAAGUUAAAACUGGCUUACACGACGCAAUACGUCUAUCAUUUUUAAGCAUACAUCUAGUUAAGCUAACCGACAACAUUGGUAAUAUAUUACCAAUAUUCACUAAUAUAAUCGAAGAGCAACAUGCUAUAUUGAAGGAUUUGAAGAUACUUGGAUGUUAUAACCACGAUAAAUGUUAUAGGAAAUUGCAAACGGACAUACACAACACAGCUAUUGUGUUAAACAAGUUAAAACACUAUGAGUAUUCGAUUAAUUUGUUCAACAUAUAUUUGGAGUAUGAAAUAAAGAAUUUCAAGGAUAAUAGUGAAUUGAAAAAUAUCAGUCGAGCAUUAUACAAUAAGAGUAUAUGUGAAUUGGAUUUUAGGAGAUACGAAGAUGCGUUGAAAAAUGCGUUUUUGAGUCUAGUUUUUGCGUAUCCGGAUGGUCUGGACACUGAUAAAUAUAUGAGUCUGGUGAUGGACAUAAAAGCUAAGGCAUUAAAAUGCGACGAUGAUGAAUGUCGAGACAGUCUCCAGUCGCUGUCUGUGUUGGACGCUUGCAAAGUUUGUUUGGAAGAGAAACGAUACGGACAUUUGAGACCUUUCUACGUACCAGUGAAAUUCAGUCUUCUCCUUCAACAUGAAUUGUCGCUGUACUGCAAGCUGUGGCCGUCGCUGGUGCCGCUGUCGGGGGCGCUCAGGGCUCUGUGGCUCCUCGGCCGAGGAGGCUACGCUGCCGUCUGCUCAGCUGAAAACGAAGAUUUAAUUAUGGCAACACUAUACGAUAUGAUAUUAAAAACGUCAGCAACAGUUCGGACCAUUCAUAACGAUUGUUACAAAAGUGUAAUUUGUGAUGUGAUUUCCAUGUUUGACGAGACUCCGGCGUCGAGCACAGAACUGCAGCUCACCCAAGCGGCAAUGUUCUUUCUAAAAGCAGAGCUAGACCUUUACGAUGCCAGUGAGAAAUAUGGCUGGAAGAAUACAGAACCGAACACAGAUCCGGACGAGGUUACUGUGCGAAGGACAUUGUCUCAGGAACACGAGGCCUCGACUCGCGCCAUACAAGCGGUGGAUAUCAUGACUGAUGUGUUACCUUACAUUGCCAGAGUGCCAGUGACAGACAGAUUGAAACUAGUCCUGGAGCUAGCCAACAUUUUCGUGUAUCAGCUGCUGCAUUUGUGCAGACAAUGCCACGCGCUGCAGCUAGCAUACGUGUGCUGCGAGUUGGCCAAACAUGUCGGCGAUCUACAAACCUACAUGAGGUGCGCAGGAGUGGUGAUAUCGCACGCGGACAAACAGACAGACAAACAGACGAUCACAGAUAUGGUGACAGCGGUGUGGGCCGCGGCGGGUGACAACCCUGACUUUACCGACGCAGCCCUGGGAUUUUUGUGCGACGUCGCGAUUUACAAAAUACGCGCAGGCGCAGUCGGCGCCGCGGCCAGACUGAUACGAAUUGUGCAAACGAAAAUACAGGAGUCCACGGACAGACGUCCGAAUGUGAACUUGGAUUUGUCGUGGGGACGCCUGCUGGAGGCGCAGAGUCGAUUGUGCGCCGGCGACCUCAGCGCCGUCAACUAUGCGCAGAGACAUUACAUGGCCGUGAACAAUAUGGAGUCGCGGCGUCACGCGCGCCGCAGCGCGUCCGCGGCUCUGUCCGGCCGCUCGGCGGAGACGUGCGCGGCCGCCGUGCGCUGUGCAUUGUCCCUUUGUCUAUACAGACGCGCGCGGGCGUGGCGCGGCGGCCGCGCGGCGGCGCCGCGGCUGGCGGAGCUGUAUGCGCACGCGCACGAUCUCACUUGGGUUAAAAUCGACAAUCGCCUCAAAUAUAUACUGGGUAUGCAGACGAACGAAUCGUGCCAAAUUUCCAAUAAAAAAGAUGACAUACCACAAGCGUUCACGCCGAAACCAGACAUAGAACUCAUGUUGGACAAUAUGACGUUUAAAAAAUCUCAAAUCAGCCCUUCAAUGCCCUGUCUCCCUAUAACCCGUUUUCAAACACCAAAUUUCUUGAAACACACUAAAUGUGAUUGCUACGCGUGCGCAAUACCACAGUGCUACAUAUUAGCUGCAUUCACUAUAGGCUUGGAAGCCAUCAUGUAUUUUAGAACGAAUGAGACGGAUAUAGCGAGAAAUUACUUUGAAGGCGCUUUCAAGUGUUUCCACCUGGCCGAGGAGAAGUUGAGAAGCUUCAAUGUUAACUGUGAGAAGUUCAUCUUUGACGCCGUCAAAAGGGGUUUUGUUGAAACAUUGAAGAGAUACGAAGUGGAAUUGUUGAUCGAAGCUGGAUAUUUUGAAUUGUCUUUGAACAAUUAUGAGAGAGCUGACGUGAUUGUUGUACAAAUUCACGAUAUUUUAAAUGAAUACGACAUAGAUAGUUAUUUGAGGAAUGACGUGUUGAAUUUGAUGGUGUGUUCGGCUGAAACGCGACGGCACGUCAAUAGAAACGUUGAAUCGAGUCUAGAAGCGGAAUUUGAAUCGUUAAAAUUGCCAGCUAAUAUGGAGCCGCCGAAAACUCCCGAAAUAAAACCAAAAGCGCCGCCCAAAAUACCGAAAGUUACAGUGAAUGACGAAGAAUUGCCGAAAAAGCGUAAGGUCAUCAAGCUCAACUUGGACGAAGUCGCGGACACGGGUGAGAGAGAGACGAAAAAGAAGAUUGAUUUCAAAAUUCCCACUCCGGCGACGAAGCGCGCUUUGGAGAUUAUGACGCCCAGAAAUACAAGUUCGAUACCUAAUAUUUCUGUUACAAAGGAUGAUAUUUUUCACACACCUUUAGCCUCGACGUCAGAGGAAUUCUUCACGCCAAUGUCUUCAUUGAAAACUUACGCGGGGAAGUCGUUGAGGCAAAAUAUAGUUAAGAAUUUGGAGGUUGAAUUCUCGACCCCUAAAGGGGUAGAAAAGGGGGGGAAGGGGGGGGAUUUAAUGUCAGAGAAAAGUAGGGUUAAAAUUAAGGACAACAAGAGGACGCUGAAGCGAGCGACAAGUCCUGGAAAAUUGGUGAAAGUUACACCGAAUUCUGUGAGAACUACAAGACGGACACAAAAUCCUAACUAAUAUAUUAUAUAUGCGGAAGUAAGUGCGUUUGUUACCUCUUCACGCUUUAUCUACUCAACCAGUCUUGAAAUUUUGAAACGGAGAAGGAUAUAGGGUACUUUUCAUCCCUGAAAAAUAACUGCUCCCAUGGCAAAUCACGCGGGCGAAGCCGCUGGCAAAAGCUAGUAGGGAAUUAGGGAUAAACGACACUGGGCUUCGAAGAUCAAUGGCUGAGGAAACAACCGGCAAAAGAGGAAGAGAUUCGAAUGUAAUAAAUCAAGUCCAAAUGUAAUAUUAGCCAAAGUUUGUUUGUUUAUUGUAAACACUAUUUUUACUA